AUGACCCCGAAAGCAGCUCCAGAUGUAGCGAUAAACGUUUCCCUGAAAACGGAAUCGCCUUAUCUUGAGGACAGACUAUUUUCGCCGAGUGAUUUACAUGACCUUGAUGCCGAGAACACGUAUUCCCUUUUACCCACUCACCAUUGGGCGGCAGUGGGACACGAGACGCCCUCCAAGACACAAGUCAUGGGCGGCUUCUGUAACACCGGGCUUUUUCUCGCUCGGACGUCGCUUUUGGUGGCUUUGGCGAAGUGCUCCCUCCAGCAGGACGGCCCAGUGGUCGUGAACCUGCCCGGUGACCCUCACGUCCCGUCCACGCUGGGUCACUUGCGCCAAGAGGUCAACUGGACGGAACCCCUGAACGAGGUCAGUGUCUGCGCCAGGGUCAACGUUAACCUUUUGACCUCGAGUGCCAGGGUUCCUCUCCUCAGCUACAGCCAUCCCGCUUGCUUCUCCGAACUGCUGUUGGUCGUCGACUUCAGGGCCAACGAAGUGGAGUUCCGCUGCUGUGACUUCAGGGUGAGUGUCCGGCUGCCGGUCGAAGCGAAACUGAAACUGAACGAGUGGGAGGCAGUGUGCUUCUCCGCCAACCUCAGGAACGGGAGUCUGCGCUUCUGGCAUCGAGAGCAGGACACCCGACGGCAGCUGAACGGGACUCAGAUUCCUGCAGCGGUGAGAGGCCCCGGGGUCGCGGUCGUCGGUCGCCUUCAGAACAGACACGACGGCGGGCUGACGGAGGGCUUCGCUGGCUCCGUCGGCGGCCUCACGCUCUCCGACGCCAUCAUCGGCCAGAAAGAGGCUGAGGACUUCAUCGGCGACUGUAAGAGGGUUCUCACGGGGAUUCUGAGCAUGAACACCAUGGAGGAACUCGGCCGCGACUGGGAGUUGUCCGACGGCGUGGUUCAUUCGGCGUUCAGCUUGUAUGAACUUUGUCAGGUGGAGAACUUGCCCCUGAUGCUGCCGGGGAUGUACAGCCACGACGAGGCGGCCGGCUUCUGCAGGAGCGCCGGAGGUUCUCUUCCGGGAGAUGACGACGCCGACUCUCUGCGAGUAAAGUUUGGAAAUUUUGUGGCUCGUUGUCAAAACCCUUUCGAGGCGUGGCUGUGGCUGGGACCCGUCAAGCUCUAUGAGAAAGGACAGUGGACGCUUGUCACAAGCGACGUCCAGGAUGGCUCUGCGAGGCUUUGCCGCUCUCUCCACCCGACGGAGGACGCGGCGGUGGAUGUGCCCUGCGAGGAGAGGGUGUGCGCGGCGUGUCUGGUUCCUCGGCGCCCCGUCCUCACCCUCCGGCGUGGCUGCGAGGAGCUUCGGGAUCGAGUCUUCUCUUACGUGUUCAUAGACUCUGGUCCUCCUCAGCUCGGGUCUGCCUUUGGCUCUGAGAUAACGUGGGAGGGCGACCGAUGGACUCUGUCUGAUGCGGGAGGAACCGAGCUGUUUUCCACCGAUGGGGCAGGCAGCGCAGGCCCAAUCCUGCCGCUCGGGACGCACACCUGGGAAAAGAGACAUUCCGACCUGGAGUGCCCGACGGAGACCCAAGUCCUCCUCUCCCUCUGCGAACCCGACCGCCUCUCGUGCGACGACGGCCUCACCUGCCUGCCAACGUCGUCCCUGUGCGACCAGAUGGUCGACUGCGUCGACGGAAGCGACGAACGCGACUGCACGCCCGCCCCGAGGUGGGAGGGGGACCCGACCCUCCCUCCGUCCCCGCUCUCGCCCAACGACACCACCCACGUCAGCCUCCUCUUCACCGCCUUCUCGCUGGAGGCGCUCGAGCCCACCACCUUCGCCGUAGAGGCCCGCGUGUCGCUCGAACUCCAGUGGAACGACCCGAGGGUUACCUUCCGCAACUUGGUCGAGGGUGAGACUCCCGUCCCUCCACAGGCGGGGAUGUGGGCGCCCAGGCUUGAGGGCAUGUGGGCGCCCUCCGAGGUCACCCGCAUGACCCAGGUCGACCAGAUGUCUCUCACGGCGGUCAGAACACAGCACGAACCCGACGUCAACCUCUUCACUCAAGCUCUGGAAUAUUCCGGCCGCUGGCACCCGUGGAAGGUUCGCCACACCAUCCUGGUCAGCUCCUCGUGCCAGUUCCAGAUGCGGUACCAUCCCUUCGAUCUCCAGCAGUGCAAGUUUUCACUAAGCUUCCAGAACCUUGACCGAGACCAGACCACGAUGGUGUUCCCAGAGCCGAGGAACGAGGCCCUUCAAGCUGCCGUGGGACAAACUCUGAACAACUACUUGGUCAAGGAGGUGAGGAUGGAGGAGGAGAAGAAGAGUGAUUUUCACCCUUCUGUGACCUUCACCCUCACCCUCCGACACAACGGCGCUCGGGCUUUGGCGGUCGUCCACGUGCCUACCUGUCUGCUCGUCCUCCUCACUUAUGCGUCGCUGUUCCUGCCCGUGGAUCACGUGCGGACGAGGCUUCUGACGAGCGGGGCGUGUCUGGUGGGCGUGGCGCUCGUGUUCUGGGGGGCGUCGUUCUCGGGCCUCGUCCACUUCCACGCCCAAGAGACUUUCCUCGGGACGUGGGUGCUCAUCGUCUUCGGCCUCAUCUCCGCUGCGAUCGUCUUCGAGGCGACGGCGGCCCUCGCGCUCAGCCUGCUGCGGGGGUGGCGGCCGGCGGCGGGGGGAGCCAAGUGGGACUCCCGCGUGACGCCCUUCAACCCUUCCGAACCCCUCGAGGACGACACCUUGGCCUCGAGUCCGACCUCCUUGCCGAACCUCAUCAACCUGACGGCGCAGGUCCUCCUCGGCGUCUCCGGCUUCGCUACCUUCGCCUGGUAUCUGAUUUACAGCGUCGUGCAGCCCGGGAGCAGAGCGACCUGGAAUUAA